GCUGUGUGUGUGUAUGUGUGUUUUUGUGUUUGUGUGUGUGUGCCUGGCAGCUCAUUGCUGGAGCAGAAGGAGGACUUACGGAAGAGGCUUUCCUACACAACACACAAGCUGGAGCUGCUGCAGAGCGAGUUCGACUCCACACGGCAGUACCUGGAAACGGAGCUGCGCCGAGCACAGGAGGAGCUGGACAAGUUCACUGAUAAACUGCGCAGAAUACAAAGCAGCUACUCAGCACUGCAGAGGAUCAAUCAAGAUCUGGAGGAAAAGAUCCAUAGAAAUUCCCAGCACCACGACGAUGAGAAGCGAGCUCUGAGCAGAGAGAUCAUCGUUCUCAACAACCACCUGAUGGAGGCCAAGCUCACCAUCGAGAAGCUACAAGAGGACAAUGAUCUCUACAGAAAGGACUGUAACCUGGCUGCUCAGCUUCUUCAGUGCAACAAGUCACUUUACAGAGCCCAGCUCUCUGAGCUGCCCGCUGAUUUUCAGGAGCGACUGGCCAUGCACAUGGAGGACAUGGAGGAGUCUCCUCUGUGUCACACCUACCCCGACUCUGUCCCGGCCUCUCUCAUUGCCAAAGUGCUCGAGAAGCCGGACGAGGCCUGCAGCAGCAGCCAGGCCUCCCGCUCCCCAAGCCCCCAAACCCAGGACCAUGCUUUUAUUUUGGAGAGCUUGGGCCCGGGAGAGCGCCUUGGGCUCCGCGCAGCCUACAAAUCUGACCUGUACAGCAGUGACACGGCCCUGUACUGCCCUGAUGAACGGCACCGUGAGCGGAGGCCCAGCAUGGACCUCCACGGUCAGAGGAAGCUUCUCUAUGGGCCCCAAAACUCCACUGACAGCAACCCAGAGGAGGGAUCAGUCGGGUUGAGGGCCGGCUUCUCCCAGGAGCACUUUGCAAAGUUUCCUGCCACGCUGGGUGCAGGCUCCAGCUCCUACUCCAGCUUUAGUGGAGGGGGAUCUGAGGACAAAGGCAAUGGCCCACCCAGCAGUGUAGCUUCCUCCCCUCGCCAUCAUUCCCUCUACAUGGAAUGGAGAGAUGCAGGGGACUAUGAGAGAAAGAGUGACUCAUCCUGGGAGAGGGACAGUCCAAGAGGCUUUGCCAACGCUCAUCCCUUCCAGCAGACGGAGAUGAGCCACCACCAGAACGGCAGCUCGCCUGUCUACAGCCGCACCAUGUCCUCCUGCUUCAGUGAGCCCUACGAGCCGCUCCCUCCCUCCUCAUCCCCAAGCGUUGCCUACGGAGACAGCCGUCGAGGCAGCACAUUAGCCCCCGAGGAGGAGGAGCUGAUUGGUCGAUGGAGACAACUUAGUGUGGAGGACUUAAGUGCCCACACCUACCGCAGCCCAGGCCGGGCUUCACCUUACAGCUUCUCAGAGCAGCACUUCUCUGUGCGGCCUGCGAAGAUUCGACUCGGGCCUCUCUACAGCAGCUUCCAGGAGGGGGCUGACUAUUAUCAUCACGGAGUGGGUGUCAUGGACCCAGUGUGGGUGGCCGCCAGUCCCAGCCCGGAAUGCAGCCCAGGGCUCGGGCAGGCACACAGCCAAGCCCACCUCUACAGAGCCGAGGACAGCCAGGGGUCGGAGCACAGCCUCUACCACUCAGGGAGCUCCAAAGACAGGGAGGGCAACGUGGCAGCUGGUGGCCAGAGCACAGAUUACGUAGAUCCCAGCCCCAACAGCUCCACCGAGUCUCUCAACCAGAGGUCCUUGGAGAUGGCCGCAGAGCUGCAGCACUAUCAAGUGGAGAUGCACAGCUUGCCUGCACAGGCGAGCCAGUCGCCACCCCCAGCCCCACCCCCUCCUCCUCCGUACAACCAAAAAUUUGGCUCCCUGGGACUUUCCAGGAAGGACAGUCUGACCAAGGCCCAGCUUUAUGGAACGCUUCUGAACUGAAGGACUUUCCAAUCAGGUUUAUUCUUUGAUAGGAUGUGAGGCCCUGGUGGGUCCAGCUACACCUUCUGUUGGCACGACCAGAGAAUGGUUUGAAUAGAAGCCAGGAGCCAGAUCAUUCAGAACCAUGAACAUGUAACUAUUGCUGAUUAUUUAAAAGCUUUGAUUGUAUGGCAGUGGAUGGCAACAGUUUACACUACAAUUGUGCAGAGCAAGUAAGUCAUGUCACGAGUUGGAGAAGUGGAGCUCAAGCGGCUCUUAAAUUUGUAAGAAUGUGUGCGUAUUUAAAUUACAAAUGUAUAAAUAUAUACUUGUAACUACAAAUUGAGUGAUAUAUUUUGUAUGUGGCUGUUAGCAAGGAAUCCAUCCAAAACAAUCAAACUAAAUGCAAAUCUUCUUGAUAAACCUGGAACUUGUACAUAAAUUAAAAACUGCCAAUCCUAUUUUUGAAAACUCAGAAAGGCAUAUUAAGUGAGAAUUGAUGCCCAAAUAAACUGAAUAUAGAUUCGUUUCAGUCAUUAUUUUUGAGCGGCUGAAACAGUUCUGGCCUUGUGAGGAUUUAGAUGUGAAUGUUAAACAUAAGCGGACGUCAAAAAAAACUAAACAAAACAAAAAAAACUAAUUAAUCACUCAAAUGAGCAACAAGACACAUGCAUUUUGUUUUUCUUCUGUUGACUGAAUUUGCCAGUAUUGAUGGGUGUGUUAUAUUGUUAUUGAUGGAACGUUUUGAGAUCUGUUUUAGCGGUCAGUAUUUCGGUAAUAUUUCUUUUGCUCUUCUAUAUCCCACGGAGAGGUUUUUCCUGCCCCCAUUCUACCUCAGAUUUGGAUGCCCACACCCCAUUAAGCCACCGUAACCUUGUUUCUUUGACUACGAUGCAUGUUUAUAUAUUUUGGUUGUUUUGUUCGCCUAAUAAAGCACAAAUUACACA